AUUUCAGACUAUUCCGGCUGUUGUGCAUGCUCUUAUCAACGGGUAUCUGAGGUGCGAUACGCAAGCACGUGGGUUCGCCAAUUGGCGCUAAGAUUUCGACAUUCCAAUCUUCGUCUCCGCUCGCGUCGCAACCAUCCACUCCGGGCACCAUCGAGUGCUGCCGCCAUGGCGGACAACCCAAAGAAACGGGAGCAUGCUGGAGGCAAUGGGCCGCCCUCUAAACGACCUCGAUUUCCCUUCAACCCGAACCACAACAUCCGCACUACACCCACCAACACAGCCUAUCCCAAUGGCGAGAUCAACGUCCGAAACUUUCUCAAAUCGCACGAGAACGAGAUCAAAUCGCUCGAAAAUGCGAUGCAAGCCGCCAAGAAAGGUCUGAAUCGCCGGGCUUUUCAAAAUGUCCCCAGAGGCUUGCGGAGGAGGACGGCGAGUCACAAUCCACAGCGUGUGCCGAAGCGGCUGAGGACUCAGGCUAAGAGAGAGAUGAAAGAAGACAACACUCCAAUCAGCAAAGGAGCCAGCGGUAUUGGCAAGAGCAGGAAGAAAUGGCUGCGGAAGGAUGGAAUAGAAAGGAGCAGGCAGGCUUGGGACAGAAGAGCAAAGAGGCGCAAGGAGAAAAAGGAGCCAUCUGUUACUGUCGAGCCUAUGGAAGGCGUGGAAACGGAAGGUGGACGGACAGAACCGCCAACCGCGCCGCGCACGAAAACCAGAACCACAACUACAGCCGAUCCGAAAAGCAUUGCUUUUUCAGCAUUAGCAACACCAGAGAUUCCGCCAUCACGGUUUCGUCGCCGACAAAUAAACAAGACUUGGCUACCGACUCACGUAUGGCACGCGAAACGGGCUCGUAUGACCCCUCCAGCGAACCCACUUUGGGGCUUCUCGAUACCGCUCGUGCAGAACGAGAAAGCAUAUCGUUCUGCAUACCACGCAAAGUCCAAGGGAGCUCUUACGUGUGAUACGAGUUACAUGGCCACAUUAAGCUUGAAAGGACCGGAAGCCAGCAUUUUGGGGCUUUUGAAGGCCCUCCAUUUCGCUGACGAAGAUGACGAGGAUCCCUGGGCAAACCAUGGCAAGUGGAAGAAAUGGCGGAAUGGCACACGAGCAUGGGAAGGAUGGCUGUACGAGAGACAAAGUGAACCCCUCUCAGCGACUGCCCUUGUCACUGUUAUAUGGUGCGUUCAAGAGUCGGAUAGCAACACAAGGAGAGUUUUCAUUCGGGUCCAUCCAGGCGCCUUUCAUCAACUUUGGAACACAGUAAUCAGAGUUUCUAAAGUCCAAAAACCUGCCGUCAUAGCAGAGGAUCUUCGUUUCGAGAUCGGAUCGAUUGAGAUCACGGGAAGGGCAGCCCAUGAGACGCUUUGCUCAAUUCUCCACCCUCGUGUACCUCCCGAUAUGUCUUCACAAACCCCCGACGCGCUUUGGCAAUCGCUUGCUACAAUCGCCACCCCCGACGACUUGCCGUCCGGGGCCCUGGUUGCUUUUCCAAUCACUGAUCCUCGCCUCCGCGACCCACCAUCAGCUUCCUCUCUCUCUUAUGAUGCGAGUGCGCAGGAUGCUUUAACAGAGACCCUCGCACAAUGGCCUAUCGAUACAACUCAGACUGUUGCAACGGUUUUUGACCGCAACUCAAGACUUGCUGCAGCACGAUCUCUUCAAUCUCAACAGUCUAUCAACCGCAGGAAAUCACCAUGCACGAAAGGAGAAUAUCCAGACCCACGCUCGAGUGAUCCACAUAUCCCGAUGUUGACCUAUGCGUCGAGGAAUAGGAAAUCGUGGACCGUCCUCCUCCCCUGGAAAUGUGUACCUCCCGUUUGGCAGGGUAUAAUGCGGUACCAUCUUUCGACCGGAGAGAACCCCCUGCCCUGCGGGCUCAAAGAGAGCCGAGACAUUCAGUUCAUGGAGUCGAUUCCCAACUUCCCUUAUGAUUUCCCUGGCACAGUUGCUGGAUGGGAUUGGGAGAUGAAGGAGCGAGCGGCCAGAGAGCAUGAGUGGAAGAAACGCCCGAAAGGGAAGAGGAUCGAGUGGUCCACGAUUGAUCUUGGAAAUGGGAGACGGGGUGAAGUUGGGGAUCCCUGGGCUUGCGCCUGGGAGAAGCUCUGUUCAAAAGAACAUAAUGAUUUGUUGACAUGUGAGAUUCCAAAUUCGCCGCGACCUUGUUUUCGCCAGCUUCCGUCUCAAGAUGCCUCCGCUGUGCUCAAAAAGAAACCCAUCGCGUCCAGCAUUCUGGACCAUAAUUACCUUGUCACGGUCAAAAUCACCAUGAGCAAACGGGGUACGCCUACGGACUGCGCUCGCAUCUACCGACUUCCAACGAACAACUCUGACUUACGAAAUAAAUGGCUGUCUCUUGUUUCGAAGGACGGUUCCGUCAGAAAUCCUCGGCCCAUGCCGAAGGAAGACCACGAUUCUCGCAGCAAAGUCUUUGGAAAACGUGGUCGACGUCAGAAGCUUGCAGAGAAUCUCCUCCAGCCGGCACCGAAAAAAGAAGACGAUUACCCGUCCGUGCCAGAUGAAGAAGAUCUGAUAGGAUUUGUUACAACUGGCAACUAUAAUCUUGCCGAAGGUGUACCUACAGCUAUCGCAAAUUUGAUGCUUUCCAGAGUCUUCACAAACAAUAGCGAAGGCCUGAGCAGGGAUGACACUGUGUGCAUCGUCCGGGAGGCUGGACACACAAUAGGACGUCUGGCGACAUGGGAAUCUGUGUGA